AAAUUGUAGAUAAUGCUACAUAGUGAUAAUAUCAUAAAAUUUAAUUGUUUGUUAGUAUUGACCGCGCUUGAAUAUUACUAUAGAUCCUAAAUCUAUCGAAUUCUAUUGUAGUCUUGGAGAUACAUUAGUACGUUAGGUAUCCAUUAUCUCUGGACAUUACUGCAGCACGUGUUCAGUCUGGUUAUCAAAAAAUAACAAUCCUCUCAAAUAUUAUCGGGGUAAGUAUAAACGUUUUAUACAUAUCUAAUUUUUAGAUUUUUUAAUUUUUAAUUUCCUUUCCAUAUUAAUAUUACUAAUAUGCGACUGUUAGUAAAACUGAUCGCCCGUGGGUGAAAUUUCAAGAGGAGGGGCAACAAAAAAAUUCCCAAACUAUACGAUGAAUAAAAGUUUACAUUUAAAUGUAUUAAAAUUAUUAAGUGUUAAGUUUAUAUUCUUUUUCCAGAUGGGAGGAAAGGCAAAAGCUUCGUCUUGCUCCUCCUCCCAUAGGUUUAUAUGUAACUAAUAUUAGUAUUAUGGUAAAAUUUUAUUGACAUCAUAUUAUCACUACUUAUAUAUAAUAAUAUUUUGCUAUUUAGAAAAAAUCAUGGCUUAUCCAUUUACUAUACCUACAGUAAGAUAUUUGUACUAGCAAUGCUGAAUAUUAGCUAUGAAUAGUAUUAUUGUUUUAUUACUAGUUGAACUUAUGUCACGUUGGUAUUUUAUGUUUUUGGAAAAUUAUCGUUCUCAUAUUAUAUUUAAUGAACGUCGGAAAUAUAGGUUUUUUUUUUUAUUAAAUAAGAAAAUUGACAAUCUAUAAAAAAUUUCUAUAAUAAAUAGGUUUGACGAGUGAAAAUAAAAUAACAAUAAAUCGUAUGAUCAGAUAGGUUACCCAGCAAAAGAAUAUCGAAUUAUACAAUGUUACAAAAAAAAAAAUUUUAAAAAUUAUAUGUAAAUUAAAUGUAUAGAUUAACUGAGCUUAUACAAUUUUUACUAGUUAGCGAAACGAAUAAUAUAGUAUAGGUAAUAGUUUGGCAACAAUUAAACAAAAAUACUAUUAGGUAUAGAGGUGUUCGCAGAAACAACAGGAACCACGGGAACAAUAUAGGUAAAAACUAAACAGAUAGAACAUAUUGAUGCUAUAAUGUUAUAUUAUAGGUAUGUAUAAGGUACUCACAGUGUGUCAAAAUUGCACAGAUGCAACUAGGUUAGGGCCACUUGGGCAAAUCAUGAACAAAACAAGUUGACAAAGCGAAAAAUAAUAUACGAGGUAUAGUAGGUACUGUGUUAUACGAAUAGUUUCUUUUGUACAAGUACAAAAAAUAUGAUGUUAUUGUAUUCAGAAUAAUAAUCCAAUAUCUGUGGCGUAUAUCAUAAAUACAUUUUAAUAAGUAUGUAAAUAUUAUUAUUUAAUAAAUAGGUAUUAAUAAAAUCAACGAACUGUUAAUAUAUCAUUGUAUUGCAGCGUAUAAAAUACCUACUUGUAUACGACGAUAAACACGGUACAAUCGGUGUUAUGACUGAAAAAAAAAAAAAAAACACUAAACAAUAACCGAGACCAGCGAAAUAUCAGUUAUAAAACGAUUAUAUCAAAAUAAAUUGUAAAUUGAUAUUGGUAAAAUUAAUGAGAACGUAUAGAUUUUCAAACGAAAUGUACGAUUAUACGAGUAUUAUAGCUAUACGAUAUAAUAAUAUAGAUAUACUUAAUUAAAACGAUAAAAAAAACAAUAACAAUAAUAAUAACGAUAAGGGCGUGGUGCAUUUGAGUUUAUGUUAUGGUUAUGUAACAAAUCCGCCGAUUGGCAUCAUACAACACGUUUGACAAUAUUUUUAUAGUAUACAUUCUUUUACUUAUAACACGAUAUACACUCUACGGGUCGUCAAACCGUUUUUAAAUCCAAUUUUUCCCCGCAAUUGUUAUAAUCUUUAUGAACGCCGAUUUUGUGGUUUUUUUUUUUUAACAUCCCGAUCGGUCACCAAAUCGAGGGGGGCUCUCCGCCCCUCGAUAUUUAUCAUACAAACAAUACGAUCAAAAAUCACAUAGCUUACAGCUUAUUAUUGCUCAUAUAUCUCUAUAAACUUCCUCUUUUUGAUAGGGUAAUAAAAAAUGUAAUAAAUAUUAAAUUUAUUUGGAACGUGUUUAUAACUCGUACGAUAUUGUAUUGUACUGUUUAGUAUAUUAUAAACUAAAUUAUUGCUCUGUACAUCCUAUCUUCUCACGCAUACAAUUAGUAGCUUACCUGUGAGCAGUAUCGACUUAUUUUUAGUUUUUCGGUUUAUUAACAGUCCAUUAUUUAGUUUAUGCCGUUGUUUCUUUUUACUGUGUAUACAGUUCAAAUUCAAUUUUAGUACAUUUAAAUCACAGAUUAAUAAAUAUUAUAUAAUGGCAUAGUAUUUUUCUUGCAGAAAGCACGUAUUGUUGUCGUUACACUGUUGUAUGACAUUAUCGUGUUAUAUUAUGUGUGAACGACCUAAUUGUAAUCGUACUAUGUUGUGGCGUCUUAUAUUGAUAAUAAGGUAUGUGUGCAUGCAUCUGAAAAAUCAUUUUUAAUAUUUAGUACAAAAAAAAGUUUUUUCGCUAAAUUUUCGACGAAAGUAGGACCUUUGGACUAUCGAAUUUGUACUAUGACUGAUAUAAUAAAUAUAUAUGUUUGUAUCUUUUCCUCACUUUUGGUUACUUCUACGGGAAAAUAAUCCAUUUAAUUUUCAAGAAAAAAAACAAUUUUCCUGUAUCGUAACAAGACGCGGCUAUAGUAAGUUGUUGUUAAUAUUAGAGUUCCGUUGUACAUACAUAAAGAAUAGUUAGUCUCCUUUUUUUUUUUUUUUUUGGCUUGAAUAUCUAAUCUCCAAAACUACAACUGACUCAAUUUGCAUGCCGUUUUUGUCGAAUUUUCCCGGGUAUAUUUGGACAUCUUUGCCGAUAGUGUAUUUUUUUUAAACUUUCGACGUUAACUUUUCAAAGAACGUAAACAAUAUCAUGUCUUAUAUUUUUAGAUUUUAAACAUUUAUUAAAAAUUUAAAUUACAGAACCAUUUUGCAAGUACUCUUCGAUAUCAUAACACGUAUGGUAACAGACUCUAUUAAUAUAUUAUACGAUAUGUCUGAAGUCGUAACGUCGGCCAAUUCACCAACAACUUUUCCGCCGCCCACUUACUGUACUUCACAGUUCUCAAAUGCUAUCGGUUCUAGUGCAGACAGACAGUUAUCAGGUCCUAGUGAUGUUAUAAUACAACCGGAGCAAGUAAAACCGUCAUCUAUAGAAACAGAUGUUUCUAUUCCGUCAAGUUAGUAACAAAUAUAAAACUAAAUAUUUUGUAUUUCCAAUAUCAAUAUUAUAAAAUUAAUUUUUAUAUUUUUUUUUUAGACCAAAUUUGAACUAGUUAGAAUACUUAAUUAUUUUUCUAUUUGUAUUGUAAAAAAAGAGCGGAAAUCGGGAUUUUUUAUAUGUUUAAUACAAUUACUAGGGUUUUAAAUUUUGAAAACCGGAGUCUUUCUCUUUUAAAUAUAAAAAAGAUCAUCCAAAUCUAACUAUUCUACGAGCCAUAAGAGUUCUCCCGGGAGACGUAUUGUUUUUUACAAAAUAUACGGUGGCUUCGACAGCCUUAAGGUCGGAUUAGAAAUCCUGUUUCAUAACCCGGUUUUUAUUGAAAAUAGACUAUUUAAUUUUUUGCACACAAAUUCAUCCGAAUUCAUAGGUAAAGACCGUGUAGCUGUGUAAAAUCAAGAAACGGCGAAUGCGAGUUAAUGUGACGAGUCAGUCAAACUGUAUGGUGUACAAACACAAUUUGAUAAAAGGAAAAAUCACCGGGAAAUACGAAUUUGAUUUUACUCAAAUUCUCUCACACUAUACUCCUGAACUUUUAAACUUAAAAUUCUGUUAAAUAAUUAACUGCGUAUGUUUAAUUUUCUAUAUGUAUUAUUUUGAACAAUUUGCAUUUUUAGAAAAUAAAGUUUAAUAAUCGUUCAUGUAAACGAAAUAAAAAUGUACAUCAAAUUUGGUUACAAAGAUUUUUGUAAGAAAAUUUAACCGGAAAAAAACUCUUAUUUACUUUAUUUUUAGUCGUCAAAAGGUCGAUUCCUGAUAUGUCACGAACCGUGUAUGAUAAUGAACUAGAAGAUGGACCUACAAUUCAUGCUCAGCGUUUACAUAAUUUAGAUGUUCAGCAAACUCCAUUAAUUAACGAAUUUCAAUGUUUAAGAAUCAAUAGUGUAAAGGUAGUAUUCGCUGUAUAUCAUUUCAUUUACGUAAUGAUUAUUAUUUUUUAUUUUUUCUAAUUUUCCAGGCAAAAUUUAUAAAUUGAAAAAUUAAUAUUUUUCAUCAGGUUAAAAUUUAAAUCAGUUUAACUACUUUUGGUCAUGACCCAUAUUUAAUAAUAAUAAAUAAAUAAGAACAUUUUAAUUUAUUCAGAUUUCAUUGAAAUAAAACAUUGUUUCUUUAAUAUAUAAUAUACAUAAUAUUAAACUGAUUCUGUCUUGUAAAUAUUUAAUUUAUUCAAUUAAAAUUCGUCAUAUAUAAAAAAAAAAAAAAAUUGUUUUUAAAAAUAACAUAUUCGGAUACUAUUCAAAAUAAAAACCAAUUCUUCAUGGUUACCGCGAUUUUAGUAUUGAUUUUUUAAUACAACUAUAAAAUCCAUUAAUUUAUUAUAAAAUUAAUGGUAAUGUUUAUAGACGAAAACACAACUAUAGGUAGUGGAAACAGUAGAAACACAGUUAAUGAAUGUAUAUAAAAAAAAGGGAAAAACAAACAUGUUUUAAAUGUAACGAUCUAUAUUGCUCUCAAUAAUUUUUUUCAAUAUAUCCUUUUAUCAGUUUAAUGCUACAUUUUUAAAAUCAAAAAACCAUUUUUGGUUAGUAAUAUGUUUAAUCUUACAAUGGGACAGUUAGUUUUGUAAUUUAUAAACAUAAUGUAAUUAUUUUAAAAUUUUGCAGGAAAUUUUUUGUUGUAUGUUAAGAAAUUUAUUCAAAGAAUAUAAUGUUUUUCCUGCAUACUCAGAAAGAGAACUUAUUUUGACGGCACAUCUGUUUAUUUGCGUUAAAGAAUGUGGUCUUAUUUCGUAAGUUCUCUUUGAUGGUUAUUUAUUUAGGUUUAAAUAAUCAUAUAGGUAUAUAAUAUGUAUGUUUGUUCUUUGUAUAAAUCUAAGUUAUUCAUUUCGAAAUUAUCUUUAAAACAAGAGGUCUGCCUUUUAAUCACAAAUCCAACUUCAGAUGUGAAAUCCACACAUAAUUUUUGAUCUUAAAAUAAAAACAUUUAAGUUUAUUUUUGGGUUACCUUAUUUACACGAAUUCUACGGUUAAUUAUACUGGCAUGGACCAAGCUGGGUAGGACAGCUGGCUGUAAAAUACAUUAAUUUUAGUAUAGGUACAUAAUAAUAUAAAAUUGUAUAAUAUUUAUGUUUAGAAAUGAUAAAGAUUUGCGUUACGCAAUUUGUUGUGUUUUGGAUGCAUUAAAAAAGAAUCCAAAUUUGAAGAUUUAUGAUUUUGGUAUAGCUACACUUGACCAAUUUAGAAAUCACCAAUUUCGCACUCAUAUAUGUAAAAUUCCUCAUUUUCAGCAAUUCCAACCACAUCUUAUUGAGGUAUGAAUUGAACAAGAAUACUUACUAAUUAAUAACUUAUUUUUUCAUUUAUAUGUUUAUACAAUUUAUUAGAAUUAUUAUGUAUAAUAUAAAAAGUGUGGUAAAUAAUCUUUUUUAUAAGUUAUAGAUUUUAAAUAUUUAGUAAUAAAUCAAUAGUUAAUGGUAUGUUAAUAUUAUUAAUGCAGUAUGUGGAGUAUGGUAAAAAUUCAUAAGAACCACUGUCCUCACGAAUCAAAAAAUAAGCAAUAGCAAAACAAUUGAAAAACUAGAUUGUAAAACACUAUUGGUUUGAAGAUAGUUUAGUAUUUGGUUGAGAAGAAAAUACAGUAGUUAUGAUUGCAAACUGUAUUAAUACUCUUAGAUUUGUAAAAACUGAGGUUUUGACAUAAAUGAGAUCAUUUAAAUUUUCAAUUACUACUUUUUACUGUUAAAUCUGCGACUCGAGAAACGGUGGUUUUGAUGCAUUUUUAUCAUUAUCUACAAACUGAUUUACUGUAUUAACUAAUAAUAAAAUGUUAACGAACAUUAAUUUAUUGAUAUAUACUUGAAAGUGAAUUAUGGGAAAACAAAGAAGAUUAUUUAAUAUUUCGUGUUAGCGCAACUAAUUAUGUUGCGAUUCACAUUAUCAUUAUUAAUGUAUUGAAUGUAUUUUUAGCUUUUAAAUGCAAACACAACAAACAUUUAUUGUACUUUAAUGGUAAAAGAAAGCAGGAAAAAGGCAAUUGAAAAACAUGAGAAGGUCGUUAUACCAGCUGAAAAUGUCCAAAAUAAUAUAGCAAACAGAACACAAAUUGAUGAUACUUUAUUAGUAAAGUACAGCAGAAAAAAGGAAAUAGAAAAAGUUAAUGAAAUUAUUCUAUUAACUAAAAAUGUAAAAGAUAAAUUAUUAAACACAACACACAUUGAUAAUAAUUUAUUGGUAAAGGUCAACCGAAAAAACAAAAAAAGAGUAAUAGAAAAAUAUGAUAAAAUUGUUGUACCAGAUGGAAAUGUUCAAAACAAAAUAGCUUUUAUUUUUAACAACUUGAGUGAACUCAGUCUUCAAACUAAGGUUAAUAUUAACUUCCCCAAGUCAACAUUUUUUAAAAUAUUUCAGUAAAAUAUUAUAUAGUUGCUAUAUUAUGCUUGUGGUUAUUUUUGUUCUAUAUCCUAAAGUGUAAUGAAAUUAAAAAUAUUAUUACCGAAGAAUUUUUACCAUGGUUCUCAAAUUACUUGGUUAUGAAGCGUGUCACCAAUGAAUUUAAUUUCCACACAUUGUAUUUCAACUGUUUGGAUUGUUUGAAAAAUGAAGCCUUAAAUUCGUUAAUAAUAUCGGAAACCGUUAAAAAUAUCAAAGUGAGUAAGAAUAUUUAACUAAAGGGUGAACAUUUGAGUAAUUCGUUUAAAAUAUAUAUAUUUAUAUAUAUUAUCUUAUUAGGUUUUACUGAAACGUGACAAAAGAAAGGUAAACUCUUCUUUUAAACCAAUACUAAAAAAUUUAGGCCAUUGGUUAGGUUUAAUUACAUUAUCUAAGAAUAAACCAAUAUCGUCGAAUGAUAUCAACUUCAAAAUGUUAUUGGUCGAAGCUUUUAAUAAAGGAGAUCAAGAGUUAUUAAUUACAAUACCAUUUAUUGCUAAAGUUAUUGAAUCGUGUGCUAAAAGCAAAGUAUGUUAAAUAUAUGUAUACAUUUUUUUUUAAAAUUCAAUUUCUAAUAGUAGUAUGAUUUUGUUAUUAUUAUAGCUAUUUAAACCAAGAAAUCCUUGGACAAUGUCAAUAAUGAAUUGUUUAUCUGAACUACAUCAAGAACCCGAUUUAAAAUUAACUUUGAAAUUUGAGAUUGAAGUAUUAUGUAAAACUUUAAACAUUGAACUUAAGGUGAGAACUAAUUUAAAUUACUUUGAAAUUGCAUCGAUCUUACAUUACGUAUUUAUUAGGAUUUGAAGCCUGAAUAUGUUCUUAGAGAUCCAGAAAUAACAAAGAAAUUAGUGCCACAAUUAUUUAAUGGUGAAGACCCCAAACCUUAACGCUAAUCCAUCAAAAAUAUCUGUUCCUACACUUCAACGUCAAACGCCUAUUAAUUCUUUGAAAACAUAAAUAUUAUUUUUAAGUACAUUUUGAUUUGUUUCAUACUUUUUUCAAUUGUUUAUUAUGUAUUUAAAAUUAUAUUAUAAAAGCAAUAUUUUUAAAGGUCCGCUAUUUAUGAAAUAUUUUUUUAGUGC